AUGACAAAGGACUUGACCUUCGAUGUCCAUUUCGACAAUGAGCUCGCGCACGAGUACUACGGCGACGGGGAAGAGCUGACCAAGAAACUUCGCGAGAUAUACCACGAUCGCAACCUCAAGUUCCCCGAUGUCUUUGAUUCCACAUUGACCACUCCGCCUGUACAUUUUCUGUCAUAUCCCAUCAGCGUCGAAGCACCGGAUGAUGUAAAGAUCGAGGAACUGCAGAAGGUGGAAGUGCCACCUGGACUGCAUGUUGAUAUUAUUGACUUUCAGAUGGAAUAG